AUGUCGAUUAACUUACUAGCAGGAUAUGGAUCUGACGAUGACGAGGAUCAAGAUCAGCCAAUCGCCCCGACAAAGCCUACUUCUGCUACUAAACCUGUCAUUGCACCAUCCUCGUCAACAAGCAACAAGCUUCAGUUGCCACCACCAAGUAAUAGCAGCAGUGCAAAUAUGGGAUCGACAACAUCUUCUAGCAGCAGCAAUACAUCGAUUGCACCAGGAAAUGCCAAGAAGAAGAUACAAAUAUUCGUGCCUGACGUUGGACAUCAACUCAACAACGACGAAGAUGAACAAAGGAAGAAGAAACCCAAAGUGGCUCCAAACACAUUUGGAGGAUCAGGAUUAUUCUCAUUUCUACCAGCGCCAAAGAAUAUAUCAGUCAAAACGGAGACUGCUGCAGCUCCAAUACCCUUUCAACCUAGAGGAAUGGGCAAGAAGAAGGAAGAGUCUAAGGCUAUAGAGACUGAUUUCUUCACAUUGGAGGUCGAACGCCCAAAACCCAUUGACGAACCAGUGAGAAGCACAACCACCAAGCCUGUAGAUUUGAAUCCCGAUAUGGAGAUUUACGUACCAGCUUCAAAUCAAUAUCGAAUGGAUCAAUACGAGUAUGGUAAUCAGCCACAACAGGAAUACCAUUAUGGUCAAGAGUUACAGAAUCCUGUUGAUCCUGAGGCUAUGCGGAUGUUAUCUGGUCGCUCCAAACACGAAGGGCCAAUACAACUCAAGGAAGUCUCGUUAGCCGAACAGAUUGGUGAUAAAUGGCAGUAUGAGGCUCUUAAAGAGGCAUCAAAGGAGAAGAAGGAGUCCAUGAAUAGUUACAUGCACAUGGCACCUAACUCGACGCAAAAGCGUAAACACAAUAUCAUGUCUCUGGCGUUUGAAGCAAAACAGAGACAGUCUGAGUUGCAAGAGAUGGCAGCUCAUCGUAAGGCCAGCAAGAAAGCCAGUAGUUCCAAAUAUGGUAUGGAUUCUGAAUGUGGUCUGAUAUAA